GGUCACAGCAACAAUUACAUGGAAGUGAGAGAUAUUUUUGUCACAUAUAUUGCUAGGUGAACAAUUACAAACUGCAAUUGCUGAGGCUUCAUCAAUGAAAAGCUAAUUCAUCCUACUGAAAUCUGCAUUGCAAAAAAAAAUGAACAGCCAGUACUUUCGCCAUGAAGUACUUGCUUGUGAAACUGGUGAGCUGAAAAACUUCUGGGAAAAGACAAUUGAGAAGCAAACUCAGCUUCUUGAAGUUGAAAGAGAACGUAAACAAAAAAGUGCACUGGCCAAGCUCAGAAAUGAAUGGACAGAAAGGCUGGAAAAAAGAUUAAAGAUGAUAAAAGCACACAGUGAAAACAAAGAAGAACCUAACUGAGGAUAACAUCACACAUUUAUACAUCUUUGACUGAAAGUCCUGGUUUAAAUUAAAGCUUAGAUCAAGCAGAGAAAAGCUGAGUUGAGGCAAACUAUAUUGUUUGAUGUGCUUUCAUGUGGAAACUUCACUGAGUUUAUCUGGGAAACUGACAUAGUUAUUACUCUACAUGAUCUUCUCCUUUAGCUGUCAAACUCUCUGUCUUUUUCCAAAGAGGUUUCUUAUAGGAAUUCAUCAAUAGUCUGACCUACCUUUUUAACUGUCAAUUGUUGAAAUUGUAGACCAGGGACAAGAUUCUGUAUAAUAAUGUUGCAUAUUGCCUGGGUGCAUUGGAGAGAGAAGCAAACAAAUAAA